AUGAGAUUUCACUCCACACUCCAUUUACUCAAAAGCGCCACCGCCACACCACCGUGCCGCCGCUCCUCGUCUUUGUACGAUCGCCAAUGCCGAGCGUACAACCCAUUCCGGCAACCCCCGUUCGCGAGAAAACCCGGAAUUUCUGAGCCCCCUUCUCGUUUUUUCACCUACUUUUCGAUUAUCCGCAGACCCUUUUCGUCUGUAUCGUCGGAUUCUAAAAUGGGGUUUCUGAACUGGUAUUUGGGCAUGCUUGAUGCUCGCCCAAUUCUGACGAAAAGCUUAUCGUCGGCCAUUAUUUAUGGUGCAGCUGACAUUACCUCUCAGCUAAUCACAAUGGAGCCUAAGGAUACAUGGGACUCGAUAAGGACGUUGAGAAUGGCCGGGUUCGGGCUGAUUAUUUUAGGCCCGGCACAGCACGUGUGGUUCAAUUUCAUGGGGAGAGUACUGCCCAAGAGAGACAUGGUUACUACCUUCAAGAAACUAGCAAUGGGCCAGCUUGUUUACGGGCCUGUGAUUAAUGGGGUUUUCUUCUCUUUUAAUGCAGCCCUACAAGGAGAAAGUGGAAAUGAAAUUGCUGCCAGAUUGAAAAGGGACCUGAUUCCUACUUUGCUAAAUGGCCUUAUGUACUGGCCACUGUGUGACUUCAUGACAUACAAAGUCAUCCCUGUUCACCUGCAGCCCUUGGUGAAUAGUUCUUUUUCGUACCUGUGGACCAUAUACUUGACGUACAUGGCGAGCUUAACGAAAGCUGUUCCCAACUAA